AUUCCGGCUGCAUCUGAGGACAUGGGGAUUGCAGGACCAGGCGUUCAGCCUGAUACUGCUACAGUCCCCGGGGUUGAAAGUCCUCAUAGCAGUGGUGCCUCCCCGUCUCUGCCGAGUGGUGUGAGCACUCCGCCUGCAGGAGCUGACGUACCCUCUUCUGCUGCUGUCUCGGAGCCUGUCGGCUCUCAACCUGAUGGGACAUCCGUUGGCGUCGGAUCUCGAUCUUCUUUGCACGAGCGUGUCCGUAGCCUUUUGGCCGAUACUGAUCCUGACGGAGAGGCUUUCCGUAUGGACCUCAGCUUCUUCACCGCCUGGUAUAAUGGCUUGAUCGAGAAGCUUCUCCACCGAGGAGGCGGCUUCGAUCAGUUCCGGCGUUCCUUCUCUCGCCACAUGACGAUGAUGAGGGAAGAAGGAUACCCGGAACUGGCUGAUUCCUUCACUGCUGAUUUCGCUGCCCUGGAUUCAGAGAUACGAGAGCAGAAGGAACUGGAGGUUACCGGGGCUUCUUCUUUU